AAUAAUGCAGUAAUAAUGUCAUGUAAUCCUAAACUUCCUCUGCUCCUCAGCCGGAUGAAGGAAGUGGCCAAAGUGUUCCUGGCAACCAACAGUGAUUACAAAUACACAGAGAAAAUUAUGACGUAUCUGUUUGACUUUCCUCAUGGACCAAAGCCUGGGACCCCUCACAGGCCUUGGAAGUCCUACUUUGACCUGAUCCUGGUGGAUGCUCGUAAACCCAUGUUCUUUGGAGAGGGAACAGUUCUGCGACAGGUUGACACUACCACUGGACGGUUGAAGAUUGGGACGUACACUGGACCUCUGCAGCACGGCAUCGUUUACUCUGGAGGUUCGUCGGACAUCGUGUGUGACCUCCUCGGGGCCAAAGGGAAGGACAUCGUCUACAUCGGGGACCAUAUUUUCGGUGACAUCCUCAAAUCGAAGAAGCGUCAGGGCUGGAGGACGUUCCUGGUCAUACCUGAACUGGCCCAAGAGUUACAUGUGUGGACGGACAAGAGCGGUAUUUUCUCAGAACUCCAGUCUCUGGACUGUUUCCUGGCUGAACUUUACAAGCAUUUGGACAGCAGCAGCAACGAGAGACCAGACAUCAGCUCACUGCAGAGAAGGAUUAAGAAAGUCACCCACGACAUGGACAUGUGCUACGGCAUGAUGGGAAGUCUGUUCCGCAGCGGCUCCAGGCAGACACUGUUCGCCUCCCAGGUGAUGCGUUACGCAGACCUGUACGCCGCCUCCUUCAUCAACCUCAUCUACUACCCCUUCAGCUACCUGUUCAGAGCCGCACAUGUUCUGAUGCCUCAUGAGUCCACGGUGGAACACGCCCACGUGGGCGUGGCCGACGCAGAGUCUCCUUUGGCCACUCGGAACCGCCACGACCUGGACCUGAACGACAUGGAGACGGCCAAACGACAUCAGCUGACCAGGUCUGUCAGCGAGAUCCGCCCACCGCUGUUCUACCCACAGACCCCACAGGAGAUAACCCACUGUCAUGAUGAAGAUGAUGAUGAUGAAGAGGAGGAAGAGGAGGAGGAGGAGGAAGAGUAGGAAGAAGAGGAGGAGGAGGAAGAGUAGCAAGAAGAGGAGGAGGAGUAGAACCAGAGCCAUAGACAGAGUUGUGACCUGUUGUGAUGUCACUGCUGUGGUGAUCAGGUGGUUCAUGGACGCCUCAAUAGUUCCAAACAAAUUGAUGAGUGCGCUGUCACAGGUAAAUAUUCAAAUAAAACACACACAGGUUUAUUUAAAGAAGGAAGAAAGGACGGAUCAAAUUUAAAACACUUCAAAUAGAUAAAGAACAUGGUGGUGGAGUCCUGCCUAAUCUGAAAGAGUAUUAUCUAUCUAUCUAUCUAUCUAUCUAUCUAUCUAUCUAUCUAUCUAUCUAUCUAUCUAUCUAUCUAUCUAUCUAUCUAUCUAUCUAUCU